GCCGCCCGGGCGGAAUCUGAAAAAAAAAAACCCAACAUGAUAACAACUUUCCCCUGUUGUCAUCGUCGUCGUCCUCCUCUUGAUUCAUUCAUUGCCCAAUGCGUAUCCGGUUUUACCGGCAUCUCCCUUCCCUAGCUUAACUACUUCCCACCAAACACACUCACUCUCACUCUCACUCCAGCCACAGCUUCCUCUCUCUCUCUCUCUACAACUUCUUCAAACUCUCUCUCUCCUUCCCGCCCUCCCUCCUCUCAGGAGUCAGGAAUCGCAACACCUCGUUGCUCGCACCAGCAGAAACUACCAUUACUAACUAGCAACCAGCUAGCUAGUUGCAUUGCACUGCAUGCUUCAGAAGCCUUGCGAGCUAGCGCCUAGCAGUAGCUCACUGCCCGUCUUCUUCUUUCCAUCAUCAAGAUAGCGUCAUGGGGAGGACGAAGCAGUCGUCGUCGUGGUACUCGCGGAGCCGCUCCUCCUCGGCCCCCACCACGCCCAGGGCAGUUGACCCUCCCGUCGGAUGCAUGUCCAUGGUUCACUACCUCAUCUUCGCCCCCGGCGCCGGAUGCGUCGGCCGCCCGCCCACCUCCUCCCACGCCGUCGUCACCCCGCACAAUUUCCACGACGCCGUCAACCGGCAGCGCGACGCCGAGGACACGAACAAAGGUCUCGAGGCGCCCAGGAACAGCUUUGAGCUCGACGCCGACAACCUCAACGACACCCAGAUUGGCGUACAGAUCGAGCCGGUGUUCGACGCCCUGGCGUGCAGGAAAAUGCGCCCCAAGGCCACCGCGCCGUCGUCGGAGGCCGAGACGCCCAGGACGCCCAGCCUCGUCGCGCGCCUCAUGGGCAUCGACGGCCUGCCCGAUAACAAGUCGCCGUCGCCCGCACUAAAGAAGACCAGAGCCUCCACCAGCUCCGCAGGGAGGCUGGCCAAGAAGGCCGACAAGGAGAACUGCUCGGCGCCGUCGACAGGCAAGGAGAAGAAGAAGCGCGUCAUCCCCGAGUCCAUGAACCGGGAGCCGCUCCGGAGCCUCAGCUGCAACGUCCCCACCGCCGAGGCGCGGUCCCUGCCCGACACGCCGCGGGCGUCCACGUCGGCGAGGGCGUCGUGGGACGGCCCGAGGCUGUCGCUGCAGGCGCUGAAAGAGAACGUACUCGACCGGGCCGCGCAGUACAUGUCGCUCCCCACCUCGCCCACGUCGUCGUCCGCCGGCAAGAAGAAGAAGGACGGCCACGGCCGGCGGGUGGUGCGACAAGAGGAGAGGGAGAGGACGGCCAAGGAGCACGCGCGCGAGAUCGUCAGGCAGGCCAAGGAGACGGUCGCCAGCCGCAAGUCCAAGAACGCUGCAAAAUCAGCGGCUAACAACAAGGAGAAUGUCAGUCCAUCCCCAACCAUGGAAGACAAGUUGCUGGCCGUCGUUCAAGCAGGCAAGUCAACGGUGGCAGCGCCGCCUGAAACGCAAAGCACACCGCCACUACACGCCCCCAGGGUUCCAUUGGCACCGAGGCAGCCGCCCCCACCGCCGCCGCCGCAGCGGGCGAAGCCAUCGCGGCCGCCCCCUCCGCCGCCGCAGCUGGACCCGCCAACCAGAGCCAGGAAACCAGAUGGGUGCGAGCGCUUCGCGACGCGGAUCAAGAAACCAACUGCCGGAUGCCAGCCUCCGGCGUCACCGUCCGCGCAACCGGCGCCCGCGAGGUCAGCGUCCGUCCUCUGCCAAAGACAUUCGUCCGCGGUGCCGCUGGAGGAGGACCCCGAGUACGGCUACCUGCUGACGGUGCUGGAGCGCGGCGGGUUCAUGCGGGCGGGGCGGCCGUUCAAGGGUCACUCCGUCGCAUCGCCGGUGGACCCGAUCGUGUUCCACCUCCUGGAGCUCGAGCUGCCGGCCGACGAGGCGCUUCUCGGUCCCCUCCGGCACCGGUGGAACCGGAAGCUCCUGUUCCACCUGACGCAGGAGAUCCUCGCCGACCUCCUCCUCGGUCACGACGCCUCCGCAGUCUCAGGAACAGUCGCAGAGAGCGGUGCGACGCUGCUUGGGAGGGUGUGGAGGAAAGUGCGGAGCUUCCCGGCGGCGGACUGCAGGGUGGUGGGCGACAUCGACGCGCUGGUGGCGACGGACCUGCAGCUGGCGAGCGUGCGGCGGCUGGGGAGACACCCGGCGGUGGCCGAGGAGGCGGGCGACGUGGCGGACGAGGUGGCGGAGCGGGUCCUGGAGGGGCUCCUCGGGGAGUGCGUGGCGGAAUCUCUUUCUCUCGCCUCUCACUGCGGCUGGUCGUCGUCGUCACGUGCGCUGCUGGCGUGGUAACCGUUGCGGUGGGCGGAGCGUGACGUCACGGGAUAUCGACGGAAACAGCCGGGAGGUGCUCACCACCAUGCUCUCCUCUGCUCUGAGCUGCGGGCGGUCACCGAGAGCAGAGCAGGUGCGGCUUCUGUGCAACGGUCGUGAUGGGAACGUGGCUCUGCCCUCUCGAGAUGCGUGCUCACCGUACCACAGUAAUGUGACUGCAGGAUCUUUCCACUUUACACUGCUCGGUAGCUACUCUACAUAUUUUUAUUUUCUUUGGUUUUUUGUCAGUGUUUUGUGCCGUUUCCCUUGGGAAUUUUUAUGUACAUACUCUACUUAAUUGCUGGAAUUCAGCAUCCUCAUCCUCAUCCU